GCUGCUUAGCCAUUAAAAGGCCCUUAUAUACUGCAGUGAUAUAUAUGGCUAGAAUGUUAAUGGUCCAGUGAAAUUAUAAAUAUCCACUCAUUCCUAAAUAAUUUGUGAAAGAUUAUCAGUGCUGGCUGUGGGGUCCAGGGUUUUGGUUUUGGAUCUUUCGCGGGAGCCGGCCGGUAAGCUGCCGCUGCAGAAGCAUCAGCUGUCUCGGUGGCAAUUGUUCUCUCCAGCUUGCAGAAAAAAGCAAUACAUAAAUUCCACUAUGGAAAAUAAUGCUACGAGGUACAGUGUACAGUUGUAUAUUUAUGACUUGUCAAGAGGAAUGGCACGUAAUCUCAGCCCUAUCAUGCUCGGGAAACAACUUGACGGCAUUUGGCACACAGCCAUAGUAGUUUAUGGAGACGAGUUCUUCUUCGGAGGGGUGGGCAUUUCGAGCUGUUCACCGGGCGGAACGAUGCUGGGGCCUCCAGAUACAGUGGUGGAGCUUGGGGAGACUGAGGUGUCAGAUGAGAUCUUCAUGGACUACCUUUCAUCCCUAGGAGAGAGCACAUACAGAGGCGACCGAUACCGACUGUUUGAACACAACUGCAACACGUUCACCAAUGAGGUGGCCCAGUUCCUCACUGGCAACUCCAUCCCAGCCUACAUCACCGACCUGCCGUCCGAGGUCCUCGCCACGCCGUUUGGUCAGAUACUUCGGCCAAUCCUGGACUCUAUCCAUAUAGCCCCUCCCGGAGGGAACGUAAUCAACGGGGGCCGCAACAACUAA